UCACGUGCACUGAUGGCAUAGCGGCACGGAACAAAGCGUGCACGCUUCAUGAGGCGGUCGACGACGACCUGGAUAGCAUCAUGACCGCGGGGGGUCGGAGGUCGAAGAGGACCGAUAAAGUCCAUCGAGAUGGACUGCCAACGACCCUCAGGGACAGCUGAGCUCAUCCCUCUGGAGCCAGAUCCUCCCUCUAUCUCCAUGGCUCCCAUCUCUACUUUCGUCCCUCCGCCGUCCGUCGAGUCCACCCCGCUGUCGCUCGCUGACGAUGACGCUGAGGAACUCGCACGAUAUACGGCUGACUUGGAGCCCGCAGUUCUUUACCUCAUUCAAGAGUACCACGACGUUUUCCCAUCGUCGUUCUCGUACCCCGGCAUCCCACCGAUGCGUGACGUCGAGCACUCCAUUCAGCUCGUGCCUGACUAUCGUGUUUACCACCAGGCACCCUACAGACUCUCGAUCCCCGAGGCCACCGAACUCAAGCAUCAGCUUGAGGAGAUCCUGAGACUGGGUUUCAUUAAACCCAGCAACUCCCCGUGGGGUGCACCCGUCCUCUUUGCUCGCAAAGCGGAUAGAACUCUUCGUCUCUGCAUCGACUACCGCGGCCUCAACUGCUACACGGUUAAGAACAGUUACCCCAUGCCUCGUUCCGAUGAGCUGUUCGACCACCUAGCGGGCAACCGCUUCUUUACGAGGAGCGGUUACCAUCAGAUCCGCGUCGCCGCAGCCGACCAGCCGAAGACCACGUUCCGAUCACGAUUCGGCCACUACGAGGUCACGGUGAUGCCAUUCGGCCUCACAAACGCACCCGCUACCUUCCAGAGGGCGAUGAACGACAUCUUCAGGGACAUCCUGGAGCAAUACGUUCUCGUUUACCUCGACGAUAUCCUGGUCUAAUGUCGUACCCUUGAGGAGCACCUUAGACACCUCCGCGACGUCCUUGACCGCUUGCGCAGACAUGGCUUCUACGCCAAGCUAAGCAAGUGCCGCUUUGCUCG